AGUUUUGAUCGCGACUUGCACGAAGCGGAGACGCCGGCCAGGGUGGGAUAUGGGUGGAUGGAUGGAUGGAGGUGCGAGUGUCGGCAGGACAUGGACUCGUGUCCACAUAGCUUGGCACCCUCUCCCCCUUUCCCCCCACCUUGCACAUCACCUUUCUCUCUCUUGAACAUCUAAGGUUCGCCUCACAAGGCGUUGGUAGUACAAGGACCGCAGGCAGCCAUCUCCAUCCAAUCUCAAGCUCGUCAUGACUUCAUCCAAUGGGACCACACGCUCGGCCGAUGGCCCGCUCGGCAUCUGCCUCUGGGUGCACCCUAGAAGCACGAGCACAGCUUUCGCUCGAGCUCUGCUGCAACGCAAGGAUACGCACUACGAGCACGAACCAGUGACGAUGGUCUUCUAUCACAGUGCGCAGAGGGCAAAUUUCAGAUUUGGAGAAGAGGCUUGCGCCCAAUCGGAGUACUACGACGCCACCAUCGAGGGAGUGAUGCAGGAUAUGCUCAAGGAGAGCAGGUAUGGCAAGAAUAGAGAAGGCAAAGAUCCGGUCAAGUUUGUCUUUAUCAAGGACAUGGCGCAAUCCAUCUUCAGCGCCGACACUCUCGCCAAGCUGUACCCCAAAUCCAAAGUGUAUCGCCAAGCGGACACGCGAGCACCAAAGUCUGAUGCGGAUCGCAAGGACGUCGAGGAUUUGCGAAACACGCUCGAGAAUCCCACAGUCGUUCCCAUCGAUCUGCUGCGAAGGUACAGGCACGCUUUCCUGAUGAGGACGCCAGAAAAGACGAUUCCCAGCUACUACAAAUGCACACAAGAAGGCGCCGGCGGCUUCACCUUUUGGGAUUCUGCCGAGGCCGGCUACGCCGAAAUUCGCAUCCUGUACCAGUGGAUGUCGAAUCCAGAGUCAUCGUGGCACAAAGCUCCCGUCUCUGCAGACGACACAAAGUACCCCGGCAGACCGGUGGAGCAGCCCGCGGCACCGCCUUUGAUCGAUUCUGCCACGCUCCUUGCGGACCCCGAAAAGACGCUGGCUCAUUGGUGCAAGGCGCUGGGCGUGCCAUUCGAACCCACGAUGCUCAAGUGGGAGGACAAAAAGGUCAAGGAAUUCUCCAGCUGGGGCAGCUUCCACGAUGUUGCCGAGCACAGCACUGGCUUCGACAAGAGCGUGGAAGCACCAAAGAAGGAUCACUGUCAGGAAGUGCUAGAUGGCAUCGAAGAGUGUCGAGCCGACUACGAGUGGCUUCACGCUCGCAGGACCAUCAGUGCCGACGACGAGAAACCCUUGGCGUCGUGAGCCCUUGGCACAACG